AUGUCUCUCUGCAGUAAACACAUCGCCUUUGAACCGCAACAGGAGCUACCCGAGAACGCACAAAGCACUGGUAGAGGUAUCGUUCCUGGGACAACAGACUUCGAUGACGCUACUCUCCCUGUACCAUUGAGCUCGAGUGUGGACGAAGCAGCACCUGGACUACAUCGCUGUUGGCGAUGGAAAUACACCCAUCUUGUAGGUGUUUACCUCCGUCGCUAUCGACUACGUGACUCGGCAAUCGAGAUUUUCGUCCGCAAUGGUAGUACUCAUUUCUUGGACUUUCCCCUUACAACCAAACACCGGCGCAAUGAACUGGUAAGGAUGUUGUAUUCCUUCCUUCCUCGAAGUAUUCCCAAGCAGUGGCCCGGGCGCAUUAUUCCACACUUAGCGACUACUACCAAGGCCUGGCAAAACCGGCAGAUUAGCAAUUUCGACUACCUGAUGGCGCUAAACACGUUCGCAGGACGCAGUUUCAAUGAUCUGACCCAGUAUCCGGUAUUUCCAUGGGUGCUUUCGAAUUAUGAAGAUACCACAUUGGAUCUAAGCGAUCCACUCAACUUCCGCGAUCUGUCCAAACCUGUCGGUGCAUUGAACGCGACGCGGCUGGAGGAAUAUUGGGAACGAUAUCACUCUUUUGACGACCCAGUGAUCCCCAAGUUUCUUUACGGCUCUCACUACUCGACUUGCGCUGGAGUUGUGCUGUUUUUUCUCUUUCGACUAGAACCUUUUGCAAGCCUCCACAAAAAAAUGCAGGGCGGCCCCUUUGAUUUGCCCGACCGCUUGUUUUUCUCCAUUCAGGAAACGUGGCGCAUGUGCAACUCCCAGAUGUCCGAGGUCAAAGAGCUUACUCCAGAAUUCUUCGCCAGUGAUGGUACUUUUCUGCGCAAUAGGAAUGGCUACGCACUAGGCAAACGGCAUGACCAAAAAGCAGUGGACGAUGUUCAGCUGCCGAAGUGGGCGACCACCCCCGAGGAGUUUGUACGCAUUCAUCGUGCGGCUCUCGAAAGUGAGUACGUCUCUAGUCAUUUACACUCUUGGAUCGAUCUCAUAUUUGGUUACAAGCAGCGAGGGCGAGCGUCACUCCAGGCGAACAACGUGUUUUACUACCUGACGUACUACGGUGUCGUAGACCUCGAUAAAGUGGAAGAUUCGUCCUUGAGAGAAUCUAUGGAGUUGCAAAUCGCACAUUUUGGCCAGUGCCCCAUGCAGCUUUUUGCUGCUCCCCACCCCAAGCGACAUGCUGCAUUCGCGGGUAGUGCAGGAAAGACAAUGUCUUCUGCACCGAAUAGCUCAUCAAAUUUAGAUAGGGUCAGUCCUCCACACAGCGGGGGAUUAGCUGGGAGAGAGGGUAUCUCUACUGGACCAUUUAGCAACAUUUCUCGGCCGCUGUCACUAGCUUUCCAAGACUUCUCACCUACUGCACAGGAGAAGCGUCAAAACUGGAGCCCCGUAGCUACCGUGAAACCUAUCGCGCAAAGUGGCAUCAGGUUGCUGAAAAUUCUUCCGGACCGCGUCGUCAGUGUAAACGAGCUGGGCGUGAUUGAGAUCUACUACUGGAAACUGGUACCAAAACCAACACCACUGUUGCCACCUUCGCCGCUUGGAGGCUCUGCGUCUGCCUCGCCAAAGCUACAAGGAGUGCCUCCGAUGACGUUUUCUGUUGAACCUGGCGUGGGGAUGGAUGCUGAUAGAAGCAGCUUUUCAUCCAUUACUGACUCCCAGCGUGAUAGCGAUGCGUUAUUUAAUGACCUAGUGCCGGACAGCGAGGGACAAUGUGAAGCUGACCUAGCAAGCGAUUGCCCUUGGUUACUGGAAUUUGUCCGUGAUGAGUCCCCGUUUGAUUUUGUUCCAAGGAUACCUGUAUUUGACUACGUUCACCACCACGAUGAAAGCAUCAAUCUGCACAGACGAUCGUGCAGAUUUCCUGUGGUUGUUUCCUGCAAUGGGCGUGUGCUUGUAUCUGGAGGCGCGCGUAGUGGUGCUGUCCACUUCCGUUUGCUAGAUCUAGACAACGGCCACGUAAUUGGCAAAGCUAGUGUGGUGGGACAUAGCGCUGCUGUCACGUGCCUGAGCUUGGAUCGUUGGAGCUAUCAUAGUCACAACCAGAUUAUCGUCCCUACCUCGCAGGAAGAUGAGGAACUGCUAGUAUCUGGAUCACAAGAUGGAACGCUCGCACUAUGGCGCCUUUCACGUCUUAAACCUAACAUGCUUUUCCACUUGCCGCGGGUAUCGCCGCGUCCAAUUGAGAUCUUGCGUGGGCACGCGACGCCUAUCGUGGAUUGUUGCGUGAGCACGUACAUUGGGGCAGUAGCUUCAUGUUCUCAUUCCGUUGGAAUGGUGCACUUUUUGUACGACGAGGGACAAGUGGCGUUCGUGUUCGAGCCCGCUGAGGACAGAGGUGAACUUGUUCGGGUCCGUCUAUCCGUCAAGGGAUACGUAAUUGCUAUAACAAGUAUCUCUAAAAGUGCGGAUCCAGUCAACACCUGUGAAACAGACAAGAAGGACUCGCUACAACACGUUGUGGUCUCCAGUAUCUGCCAGAUUUUCAAUAUGUCGGGUGUGUUGAUCCGGUCGCACCACCUUUCGUCCGAGGAGGUAUCAGAUGUGCACGUAUCCGCCGAAGGAGACUUGAUUUUUCUCACUCUUUGUUCGGGAAUCGUCCGUAUCUGUCGCAUUGAAGACUUUGUCACCGUGCAGGAGUACGUCUCCCCUUCGUCCACCGGGUCAAUGGUUACCGCGACGUGUUUUGGUCCACAAGAAGCGGUGAUCCUGCUUGCUUCAGGCCAUGAAGAUGGCACACUGUCGCUGCAGUUACUUCCAGAUGCCAGUGGUUCCGUGUCGUUCCUGACGAAUGUGCGUCGACUACUAGGAGUUUCGUCCAAGCUCAAACGUGUCAAGGGCACUGUACAACACGCCCAAACGUUAGCCUUGUCAACCUUGGACAAUGCCAAAGCCGUAACGAGCACAGCGCGUGAUAUCGCUGGCGAAGCAAUUGGUGAGGCCAAAGUCAUGAUGCGUGGUCUCUUUUCCUACCUGCAAAAGAGCUAA